AUGCAGGAUGUCCAGGCAUGGCGGACUGCAGGCGAGGGAUCUCUCGACUUGAAGCGUGCUCUCUCUGUUAUCUCGGAAAUUCCCGAGUCUCUCCUGAGAGCCGAGCUCCUGCGACGGGAUGGGACUCAAUCCACGGAGUCGGCAGAUGCACCAGCGUGUGGCUCGCGGGUGCGAGGUGCCUAUAAUACCCCUCUACAUGUCAUGGCUCUGUUCCUUAUUCUGGGGCUUAGUACAUUCGCAUGUUCAUUCCCAGUGCUUGCCCGCCGCUUCCCUCGUUUGCCCAUUCCACGUCGCUUUCUCUUCAUCUCUAGACAUUUCGGGACCGGAGUCCUGAUUGCGACGGCUUUCGUGCACCUGUUGCCGACAGCCUUCAUUUCCUUAACCGAUCCGUGUCUUCCUCGAUUCUGGAGUCAGUCAUAUCGCGCAAUGGCAGGAUUUGUGGCCAUGAUCUCUGUCUUUGUCGUUGUUCUGGUGGAGAUGUUUUUUGCCAUGAAAGGUGCAGGGCAUGUUCAUGGGAAUGACUAUGAUACUCUUAUCGGCGAUAUGGGUCGCGAAUCCAUGGAAGCGUUUGGACAGGAACCUCCGAGUUACUCAAGGCUGGAAUCUCGGGACGCAUCGGGCAACAUUCGCCUAGAAGGCCUACAGCAAAAUGGCCAGGGAGAAGACACCGAAGCAGCUCCUGGUUCGUCACAUGAAUUUGAACGACCAAACCUGGCUAGGUCUCAUCUAGAUAAGGAAGAGGACGAUACUGAUAUCGAUGGACUCGAUGCGUAUGCCGAUGACGUCCCAAUCAACGGGCAGACGCAUUCCUCUUCUGGUUCCCACCACCGUCAACGGCCGCCCAUGAGUGGUCACUAUCGAACGCAUACCGAGUCCGAUAUACCGAUGCAGAAUCCGCAGCGCCAGCUUCUCCAGUGCCUUCUUUUGGAGGCCGGGAUCCUUUUCCACAGUAUUUUCAUUGGCAUGGCACUUAGUGUCGCUACCGGGACGUCUUUCGUUGUGCUCCUUAUCGCCAUCAGUUUUCACCAAACCUUCGAAGGGUUCGCUUUGGGGUCAAGAAUAGCAUCACUCAUUCCUGAUCUUUUUUCGCCCAACUCUGCCAAACCCUGGCUAAUGUCACUGGCGUACGGAACGACGACACCUCUCGGCCAGGCCAUCGGCCUUGUCUUGCACAAUCUCUAUGAUCCUGCCAGCGCAACAGGCCUGCUCAUGGUCGGUAUUACCAACGCCAUUAGCAGCGGUCUCUUGCUCUUCGCGGGUCUUGUUGAACUUCUCGCGGAGGACUUCUUGAGUGAAUCCAGUUACGAGACUCUGAAAGGGAGGCGGCGUGUCGAGGCCUGUAUAUCCGUUGCAUGUGGAGCCAUUUUGAUGGCGUUUGUUGGGGCGUUUGCUUAA